CUCUCGCUCUCUCUCUUUCAAGCGGCGUUUCCUCCUCGUAUCGGAGGCCAUUUUGGAGUGAAGAGGGAAAGAGAAGAAACCACGGAGCAGGAGCGAGCAGAAGAAGGCUUCUUCCUUCAUUUCCUCACGGUCGCUGCUCCGACGCACCCCAGAUCCGGUCCGGAUCGGAACGGUCGGUUCGCUCUCGAUCUGGCUAUCUCGGAUCGAGUGCGUCGGUCUAGUAGGCGCGGAUCCGUGAUCUGCCUAUCUAGGGUUUGAUCUUUCUUGGACAGAUCCCGUGAUUUGGAUCUACUGUCUUCUCCGAUCUGCUUGUAUUAUCGAUUCGUUGCAUGUGAUAUGCGAAGCAUUGGUGCCGUUGCUCGAUCCGCUUCAUUCCCAAUCGGAUGCGACCGUGUUGGUGGCUCGGAUCUACGAUCUGCCUGAGCUAGGGUUUCAUCUUUCUUGGCCGGUCCGUGCAAACUGUUACCUGGACUCUUAGAGAGUAAGUGCAGUGACAAGUUGACAUAACCCGAAAAAAAUGGCACCUGCAAGUAAGGCUGAUAGGAAGGCAGCAUUAGAUGUAGCUGCUUGGACGUUCAAUAUUGUGACAUCUGUUGGAAUUAUUAUGGUCAAUAAGGCCUUAAUGGCUACUCAUCGCUUCACAUUUGCUACUACAUUAACGGGCUUGCAUUUUGCGACAACCACGCUCCUGACUAUUAUAUUUAGGUGGCUUGGAUACAUUCAGCCUUCUCAUUUACCUUUAUCUAACCUUAUAAAAUUUGUCCUUUUUGCAAACUUAUCUAUCGUUGGGAUGAAUAUUAGUUUAAUGUGGAAUUCCGUCGGAUUUUAUCAGAUUGCAAAGCUGUCUAUGAUUCCCGUAUCAUGUCUUCUCGAGGUUGUGUUUGACAAAAUUCAUUACUCAAGGGCCACAAAGCUCAGCAUAGUGGUGGUUCUGGCAGGUGUUGCUAUUUGUACAGUGACUGAUGUGAGCGUAAAUGCUAGAGGGCUGAUAGCUGCUACCAUAGCGGUUUGGAGCACAGCUUUACAGCAAUAUUAUGUGCAUUUUCUUCAAAAGAAAUAUUCACUUGGAUCGUUCAACCUUCUCGGGCAUACUGCUCCAGUUCAGGCUGCAUCGCUGUUGAUAUUAGGGCCUUUUGUUGAUUAUUGGUUGACAAACAAAAGGGUGGACAAAUUUGAUUACAGUGUGACUGCCGUGUUCUUCAUCGUCCUGUCAUGCACCAUUGCUGUGGGAACCAACCUUAGCCAGUUCAUCUGUAUUGGAAGAUUCACGGCAGUGUCAUUUCAAGUCCUUGGGCACAUGAAGACAAUCCUUGUCCUAACUUUGGGUUUCUUCUUAUUCGGAAGAGAGGGCCUCAAUUUACACGUGAUCUCUGGAAUGAUCUUGGCAGUUUUAGGCAUGAUCUGGUAUGGAAAUGCAUCAUCAAAACCAGGUGGAAAAGAGCGACGGACUUAUUCAUUGCCCGUCGACAAAUCUCAGAAGCAUGGGCUCCUCUCAGAAACAGGAGACCGUGACGACGAAGUCUAAGCUACCCUUCACUUGUCACCAUCUUCAUCAUUGCCCACAGGUUGAAUAUUUAAGUUGUGUUGCAGUAAAAUUUGGAAGAAGUUGGGGAUUUAUUUCCCUGGUCUCUUUACCAAUUUAGGAAUUCCCCUCAGGUGAUGCUGGCGGAGGCUCUAUAGUUUUCUUCUUUACACAUCUAUAUUAAUUUAUUGACUGGGUCAUCUUCUGGUUUAUGAAAAGAACUGAUGGAUGUAUACCCUAUUUGGUGACAGAUGUAUGCUUCCAUCAUAUAUGCUUUUGUAUUUGGUAAGUUGCAGAUUCAACUUACCACCACUUCA